AUGAACAUGUUCGGCGCAGAUGCAACCCCAGCCUCCCCUCGGGCCUCGGGGCGAGCGGGCUCUCUGCAAAACUGGAGCCCGGCCCGGGUCCGGGAGCGAGGCGGCGAAGGAGCAGGAGCGGGCGCCCCCGGCCCGAGCUCGCGGCCGGAGGAGCGCAGCGCCCCGGGCCUCCCCGCCGGAUGGGGGCUGCUCCGGCCUAGCGCACGCAGCUGCCUCGGCGAAGGGUUAACCCGGCGCCCGAGCCCCGGCCGGCCCGGCGGGCGGCGGAGAGGAAGGGCUGCUGCAAGGGGCGCAGCCGCGACUGUGGCGUGUGCGUGGGGGGCAGGGGCCCCUACUCACCCUGGCCGGCCGCCUCCGCCUCCGCCGCCCCGACCGCCGCCUCGGCGGUCCAUCCUGCGGCGGGGGCCCUGUAGCCGCGGCGCUCGAGUAACAACCGCCGGCCGGGCCGGCCCCUCCCCCCCGCCCAACGUCUGUCCUCAGGGCCGCUCCGCAGACCCGGCCUCGGCCGCCGCCGCCGCCGCCGCCGCCGCCGCCGCAGCGCUACGUGGCCGCCGCUCCGACGUCUCGCGACUCCCUUCCGAGCGCGCGAGGGCGAGCGGGGCCGGCGGGGCGGGCGGCGCGCGGGGAGGGAGGCAGGGGAGGGGGUGUGCGUGUGUGGUUGUGUGUGCGGAGCCGGGGGCAGGGAGGGAGGGCGAGCGGCGGCGAGAGCGCGCGCGCGCCCGCGGCCCCGUCCCUCGCCCGCCCCCCCGCCCAACGGGGAGCCGACACCUCCCUCCGCCCGCCCCCCUGGCAUCCCGGCCGCUGGGCGCGGCGGCGCGCAUGCGCAGCCCCCUCGGGCCGGCCCCGGCGCACCUUUUCUCCCCGCUGCCACAAUGUGAGCGCCCCGCCGCCCAGAUAACCGCCGGCUCCCGCUCCACCCCCGCCCUCCCCCACUCCGCCCACUGCCGAGCGCCCAGGACCCUAGGACUCGUCCCCGUGUAUUCGAGGCCUUGGUGACUGGUACUUUGGAAGGCGUUGGGUCUUGGGCUAGCAAGGAGAUCCCGGUUUCUCUGCUGUCCCUUAACUUUUCCCUUUCAUGCAUCGACCCACAGAAGAGGGCUACCGGCCAGUGUCCUCAGGGCUCAACAUGUCACAAGAAGGAGCAUUUGCUCUCAGCCAGACUCCCUCAUUCCAUGCCUCCCUUCUUCAGCUGCUGGCAUUGUAGCUCAGCAGGCAUUACAGACAACAUUUAGCACCUACAUCUGGCCUUACUGGAAGAUCAGGCUUCUUUCACCCUGGUUUCCUGGCCUUGGAUAGUCCGUCACUAAUUUCUUCAUUAAGAGAGUGGACAAAGGCAAACCGUAAGAGACUCUUAAAAACUG